UCGACUCAGGGAGCAACCUUGCGAUCUGAGUUGCGAAGUGAGGCUUCUGGGGAUAUUCCACAGCACCUCACGCGACGGUAAUUGGCUAGUCGAUUCUUAUGCGCUGCAGUCUAGUCUCAUACUUCAAUACAAAGACCUACGUUCUAACUCAUUCGUUUCCGUUCCUCCGCAGAUCGGCCACCAUCAGUUCAUCUGGUCUGACGCACUCUUCCUGGAGACUAUUACCCAGCGUAUCUGCUGAAAGUCGCAAAGCUGGCAUACCUUUACGUCUCCCCGCCUCUGUCGCCUUCGGCGUCUCGUAGCCCUCGAGAUCUGCUCUUACAGCCAUCCAGUAAGUGCGAUCGGACUGGAAUGGAUGGUAAUGAUCGUCGACAAAGACAGAGCAACACUCAAGGUUACCAAACACAAACCCAAAGCAUUCAAACAAACACGCGAUAUUCCCCAUCUAGCUCAGCCGAAGGCCAUCGACAAGCACCUUUGAACGCGCACCCGUCAACAUCUGCGCCCGGUACAGGACGUGGAACGGACGCAACCUCGUAUAACUACACAUACGGCGGGGAAGGAGCCCAGUACGUAAGACAACAGAUGCAGACUGGAACCCUCCAGUAUCCGGCCGACUGCUCGGCAGACUCUCAUCGCCCGUCUCAGCAGUAUUCACAAUAUGGAUCCAACAUAAUGUAUGGUGUUCAGCACCAGCAACCGGCACAGCAGCAGCAGCAACCCAGCCAACAUUCACCAUACGAGCCUGUGCAACAGUAUCAACCCCGACAAUCGGCAGCAAUUGAGGUAUUAACUUCCCAAUUUGGCGUUCCACAGCAUUAUUAUGUUGGAAGUGAGGCUGGCACGACGAAUGUGCCUGCAGCGGCAAUGGGAGCACCGAAUGUGUCGACCCAAUAUUCUGGGAUGUCUUAUACAGCACCGCAGAACCCGCUUCACAGAGAUCACCUUGGACCAUCUUUUGUUCCAGGGAUGGCUGACUCUGCACACCCCAGCUCCACCGGGGCUUAUGGACAACAGAGCUAUUCUUCACACGGCAGUUCCAGUGUUGACCAAGCGUACAGCAAAUACCAGACAGUACUGAAACAAACCUUCAGCCAAAUUGGUGAGGGCAAGUUGCAUGAAGCAGGUGUUUCUCUUAUCGAGAUAUCUGACUGGCUUCUGACCAAUGCUGAAGGGCUAGUACGCGACGAGCAAAGUAUGCACGCUGAACGACUGAAGCUGUGGGAGGAUUUCAACCAUUGCUGGCUCACUGCUCUUCAAAGACAAAAAGAAAUUACGGAGGAGAGUCUUGAAUCCGGCCAACGACCACGUCCAACUCAGACUUUGAUGGGGUAUGAUCAGCUGGAGAAUCUUGGUCGGGAGCUAGUGAGGCUUUGUGAUCUGAUGGAAAAGCAUGGCUUGGUAGACUAUCAGAUGGGCGUCUGGGAAGAAGAGAUAAUCUCAAUGCUCACGGCAUGUCUGGACUUGAUUGAGGACCAGCCGCGAGGCUCGACCGGCUCGACUGCUCGAGGCUCCAUUCCACCAACGUCACGACGAAGGUGACACUGGAAAGUGGCAUUUUCACACAAGUCUAGAUAGAUGGCUCAUGGGAACGCGACAGCAAUGAUGCAUACUGAUUGCAUGAUACAUGUCUUGAUUGGACAUAUCGCAUUGACCAUUUCUGGACGGAAACACAUCGACGGGCAAU